GUGAGUAGCCGUGUAUAUCCAAAGCUCAAAGAUCUCGAGGAAGUGCUUGGUGGACCGUCAGUAUGGGAUAAUGCACAGUGGUCACUUCAGGUUACGAAUGAGCGAUGUCCAAAGUGUUCACACGAGCGAGCUUACUUCAUGCAAAUCCAAACAAGGUCCGCUGAUGAACCUAUGACUAUAUUUUAUCGAUGUGCAAAUGCUGAAUGUGCUCAUCGUUGGAAAGAUUGA